GGACAAGGAUGCAGACGGUUGUUAUCAAUCGUCUACAAGUGGCAUCUGACCUGAAACAGUGCUAUCAGUGGUUAUUUCCGAUUGCAGAGGCAUGCCAGAGUGGCUGCUUCAUCAGCUGCACGGCGCGGUUGGGGCAUGUCAGCUUCAGUGAGAACGAGCAUGAAACGAUUGUAGUGGUUUUUCGCGAUAUUGUAGCGCUACACAACUCGUUCCAGCUGCAAGAUUGGGGAGACGGACCGUAUGACCUUGGUGUAUGGCGAUGCUUUUCAAGGUCGUGAAUUGAUGCUGUUCUCGGGUAUCUCGGACCCCGUACCAAAGAUUGGGAAAAGGGACAAAGAAUUAUGGAGAUUGGAAAUGCGUGCUUCGGGUCCAUUGAUGGUCCGUGACGACAAUGUCGAUCAACGAGGGAGGGCGAAAUCAUUCCAGAACGGUUGUCCUACCCUAAGCCUGUGCUGUGAAAUCGAUCAUGCACGGAAACUAACAUGUUGGCGGUUUGCGUGCCGUGGGAGAAUUGGCAUAGAAACUGAUCGAAAUGCGAGAAAAUUGGAUGUCGCGUGUCAUGAAUCAACGUCUUUAGCAAAAUCAGGGAUCACUAUGACGUCAAGUCAAUUCAACGCUAAACUUGUCAUAGUCUCCAGAUGGUCAAACAACGUGCCAUUGCAACAGCAACCUUCAGCUUGACGCCUGAAAGCACCUCAACGUCUACAAAUCUACAAAAUGAGUGAUCUAAAGAAACCAGAAGUAAAGCCUGUACCAAAAGACCAUCGAUGGAUCCUCUUCGUCUCAGGCCCGACAGCAUCCGGCAAGACAUCAGUCGCCAAAUUCAUAGCAGAGAAGCUCAAUCUCAAAUUCGUCGAAGGCGAUGAUUUCCACCCAAGAACCAACAUCGAGAAAAUGAGCCACGGCCAACCGCUCACUGACCAAGACCGCUACGGCUGGCUGCAAGCUCUCCACGAACACGCCACGCACCAUCCCAUUGGUCCAGGAACAGAACACCUCGUCGUUACCUGCUCAGCACUCAAGCGCCAAUACCGCGACAUGCUACGUGAAGGAUCUGACAAGGCCGGUGAUCUGCGUGUGCAUUUCUUGCAUCUUGAUGCGCCGGAGGAAGUGCUCACGAAGCGUGCUGCGGAGAGGAAGGGGCAUUUUGCGGGACCUGCGCUUGUGCAUAGUCAGUUUGAGGUUCUGGAGAGGCCGACGGAGGAUGAGAAGGAUGUUUUGAUUGUUAGCGUUGAUCAGUCGGUUGAGGACGUUCAGAGGGAGGCGUUGGAGAGGGUGAAGGAGCUGUUGGAUGAUGACCCCGAGUAGUCGGAUCACGGCGGCAAUAGUCUGAGAGGAGUUGAAUACAUGCUGCAUUGCAACUUACAGCAGGAAAUCUCAAUAACAGGACUGGAGAGCACUUCUAGUUUCUGGGGCGUUGGGCUUUGCAUUUGCAAACGCUUCCAAGGGCCUAACUAUACAAGACCAUAAUACUGCUGCACAAGACAAUAUAAACCGCUACACCUAACAUUCUACAAAUUACAAUUAAUGAAAGAGGUGAUAAUAGGGUUUCGAACUAUCUGCUAAAUGGAUGCAUAUUGGCAAG